UUGGAUAAGGAAAAUCUUCCAUUACAGAUAACACACAAAAACAAAAGAACGAACCACAACCUUCCAUUUCGAUCCGAGCCACCCCCAAUGGCCACCAUUCUCUCACCCUCAGCUCUCUUCUCCAACUCCACCACCGCCACCGGAACCACCUCCGGCACAAACAUUCCAACCAUCCCACCAACCUCCUCAAAGCCACCGAACCUCCAAACCACCCCACCAACCUCAAUUUUACCAUCGCUUUCUACCUUAUCCUCUGCUACCUUAACAGCCACUUUUGCCGCAGCUACCGUCCUCUCCAUAACUCCUCCUUCAUUAGCAGCAGACUCCCCCAACUAUCAGCUCUACUAUGGCACCGCCGCCAGUGCUGCCAAUUACGGCGGUUAUGGUGGAAACUCCAACAAGAAAGACUCUGCUGAAUACAUCUAUGAAGUCCCUGAUGGUUGGAAAGAGCGCUUGGUUUCAAAGGUCGAAAAGGGUACUAAUGGGACUGACAGUGAAUUCUAUAACCCAAAGAAGAGGUCAGAGAAAGAGUAUCUGACUUUCUUGUCUGGGUUCCGACAGCUAGCACCAAAGGAUGUGGUUUUGAACAACUUGGCAUUGUCGGAUGUGGAAUUGCAGGACUUGAUAGCGAGCGCAGACGGUGUGACAUCGGAGGAGAAGAAGGACGAGAACGGCCAAGUUUACUAUAUUUACGAGAUUGAUGGGGUUGGGGCUCAUAGCUUGAUCUCUGUUACUUGUGCAAAAAACAAGCUUUAUGCUCAUUUCGUCAAUGCUCCAACGCCUGAGUGGAAUAGGGACCGAGAUGUUUUGAGGCAUCUUCACGAGUCUUUUAAGACUGUUGGAUCAUAUUAGUCUGUUCAGAGGGAUUGAUCAUUGAUGGGUCACGUUGUGGUUGUUUUUGUGUGCGUCUUAAUGUACAAUUUUUGAUUUCAUCGAAAAAAAGAAAUGUACAAUUUUUGCUUUAAAGGAGAGAAAUUGCGGUACAAAA